UUCAGCGCGAAAUAAAUAAAAUGGCAAAGGCGCGGUCAAAACCCUAGAAAUCGGAAUAUAUAGAUAAAUAUAAAAAAAAGAUACAACAUACAGAGACAGAGAGGACGGAAUCUGCUAAAAAAGUCACUCUGAUUUAACAUUUCUCGCUCUACAUCAUUCACUUUCUAGAAAGUAGUCUCUGUUGAUUGUAAUGGCGGGGCAGAGGAAUAGUUACGGGAAGCGGGCUCAUUCGCAGUCAGAUUAUGAUAUUGGUGGAAAUAAGAGGAGAAAUUCCGGUGAUGAUAGAGAACGUUUUGUUAUUGAUUCGCAAGAUACUGUGUAUCGGUAUUUGUGUCCGGCUAGGAAGAUUGGGAGCAUAAUAGGAAGGGGAGGGGAGAUUAUUAAGCAAUUAAGGAUUGACACUAAGUCAAAGAUUAGGGUUGGUGAAACAGUGCCGGGCUGUGAAGAACGUGUUGUUACCAUCUAUAGCCCGAGUGAUGAGACUAAUGAAUAUGAAGACAGUGGUAAUUACAUUUCUCCUGCACAGGAUGCUCUGUUCAGGGUGCAUGAUAAGGUUAUUGCAGAAGAUUUGCAAGUUGAAGAUGACUCUGAAGGAAGUCCACAAGUCACCGCAAAGCUUCUUGUACCAUCUGAUCAGAUAGGAUGUAUUAUUGGGAAAGGUGGGCAGAUAGUUCAGAACAUACGCAGUGAGACUGGUGCAGUGAUCCGCAUUCUCAAGGAUGAGCAUUUACCUCCUUGUGCGUUAAGCUCAGAUGAGCUUGUACAGAUUUCUGGUGAAGCUGCAGUUCUCAAAAAGGCUUUAUAUCAAAUAGCAUCUCGCCUUCACGAUAAUCCAUCACGGUCUCAGCACUUGCUUGUUUCUGCUGUUCCAAAUGUGUACUCUUCUGUUGGUUCCCUGGUAGGUCCAUCUGCAGCUGCCCCAAUUGUUGGAAUUGCUCCUCUCAUGGGUCCUUAUGGUGGUUUCAAAGGUGAUACUGGAGACUGGUCUCGAUCAUUAUAUUCAGCUCCAAGAGAUGAACUUGCUUCGAAAGAAUUUUCACUUCGUGUGGUAUGUCCAACUGCCAACAUUGGUGCUGUAAUUGGGAAAGGUGGUACCAUCAUCAACCAGAUCAGACAGGAGUCUGGAGCAACAAUCAAAGUUGAUAGUUCAGUUGCUGAAGGAGAUGAUUGCUUGAUAACUAUUUCAGCGAAGGAGAUCUAUGAUCACUAUUCUCCAACAAUAGAAGCAGCCGUACGUUUGCAACCUAGAUGUAGUGAGAAAAUGGAAAGAGAUUCAGGUCUUAUCUCUUUUACUACCCGUCUACUUGUGCCCUCCUCUCGAAUUGGGUGCCUUCUGGGUAAAGGAGGAGCUAUUAUAGAUGAGAUGAGGAAACUUACCAAAGCUAUUAUUCGAAUACCUAGAAAGGAAAAUCUUCCCAAAGUUGCAUCUGAUGAUGAUGAGAUGGUGCAGAUUGCUGGAGACCUGGAUGUUGCCAAGGAUGCUCUCAUACAAAUAAGUCGACGGUUAAGAGCUAAUGUUUUUGACAGGGAAGGUGCAAUGUCUGCUAUUCUACCAGUUUUACCAUACCUUCCUGUCUCAGCUGAAGGUUCGGAGGGUCUAAAUUAUGACAGUAGAGAUGGUAAAAGACAUGGACGUGGAAGCUCUUAUGCUGGUGGCUAUAGCUCAAGUGAUUAUGCUUCUGGUGACGGUUAUGGUAGCUAUGGUAGCUCACAGAUUAAUGCUAGUGGAGGUCCUUAUGGAGCCUAUGGAAGUUAUUCUUCAGGACGCACUGGUACUUCCGGGUUAUCUGGCCAGGCCCCUGUUUCUCGACGCAAAAGCUAUUACUAGAAUUUGAUGAUGGCUACUGCAGGAAUCUGAUGCACUUAUUUACCUUUGCUUCCUCUCCUUUCCCAUCAAAACAGCUGAGAUCUAUGAAGCCUGAAGCCAGCCUACUGCCUCUUUUGAUGAAGCCUACUGCCUAAACUGGAAGACCAGGUGUACGGGGAUUUGACAUACACUUGGCCCACCUUGAUGAUCUCACCUAGAAGAACCAAAUACAUUUGGAGAUCUUGAUAUUGACUAAACACUUGUCAUGUCCCUGAUAAUAAAUUACCGAGCUCUAAGAACCUCUUUAGUGGCACGCCUUUAUUGUUUUUCUUGUUAGUGGAACUUGUCUUUUAAUUAUGGAGACCGUGUUUCUUCCAUCCUUUGGUGGCUGUAUUUCUUGCAUCCUAUAGCACUUGUAUUAAGAGUAACUUGGGUUUUAUUUCCUGCAAUUCUCUGCUACACCAAUCGAGUUUGAUUUUUGAAUUUAUGCUGGGUUUGAUUA